UGUGUUGCGCGAACGACGGCGGCAGCGUCGUCGUCGUCGUCACCGUCACCGUUGUCGUUCGCGUGUGUGUGUUGUGUGGUAUUGGCGAAUCGCUGCCGGGAGGCAAUAACAUCAAGGUUACCGUAUACCGCUCGCUGACCAACAGCACUGCCGAUCCCUCCCAGUGAGUGGGCACGUGAGAUAACGUCUCCGUCGACCGUCUCUACUGUCGGGCACGACGUUCAAGUGUAUAGUACACGGCCAAAUGGUUUUGUUAUUAUUGUAUUUAUAUUAAUUGUUAUUAUUCAUUAUAAUAUUUUGUUAUUGUUGUCAGUUGUAGUACUAGUACCAUUCGUUCAGCCGACACGAUCGUCGAGUGCGUUUUACAUAAUAAUAAUAAUGUUAUGUAGUCGUAUGUGCCUUCUUAUGUAAUAAUAACAAUAAUAUCAGUCGUUAUCAACGAUGAGACGGUAACUCACUGAAGUCGUCCCGUCAGUGUUUGAGUGUUUUGUUUGGGUCGCCCAUUUGUUCCGCCGAGUUUCGUCCGACUGCUUUUGCGAUCCACCCAUCAAGGUGUCUCCAAUCCUCCGUAAAAUCAAGAUCGAUCACGGCUGUGACAUCGUACUGGUCAUAACGAGAUCCAUCGACAAUAAACAUCUCCACGAGUUGCCGCCCUCGACCCUUCGAUAGGGAGUGCUAUUAUGUGACAGUAGUCUCUGGGACAUGUGCGACGACUACAAGCGAUCACAAAAGCCCACCAAUGGAUUGGGCUGCCGUCAAGUGCACAGCGGUCACGCAACGUACGACGUUGGCAUUCCGUUGGAGGAGAGCAUGGACAUCAUCAAUCAACAGUGCCAAGAGAUUUACGAAUUGAGAACACAGCUGAACCUGGUGAUGAACGAAAGGGACAUGUUGCUUAGCGAAGUCAGCCGUCUCAAAUUUGAUAUGGAACUCUACGAUCAGCGCAUGAUGUCCCAUGACACCACCACCAGAGAAGACAAGUAUGACAAAAGCAAUAAUCGAAAUUUUUUGAACCAAUGUGAACAAUAUAGUCAUUGGACUGGCACAAUGUCCAAAAAUAACAUGGUUCAACCAGAACAAUUUCAUACAUCUGCCUCGUAUGAGUUAUCACAAGAUUUGAUUGAAAAGCAGAUUGAGUUACUAGAAAGAAAAUAUGGAGGUGACAGAGCCAGACAAGCUGCACUAGUCAUUCAACGAGCAUUCAGACAUUAUAUGCUGGUCAAAAAAUUUGCUCAUAUUACAGCAAUGGCAAAAGCUGAAAAAAGACUUAGUAAGCGAUUGGAAGAUACCCAAAGUUUACGAUCUCAUGAUAGUCAGCUGAGUAUAAGAUCAGGGUCAUUAAGAGAACGACGAUCAGGCUACUCACCAACCAAGUGUAAUUCUCUUCCACGUUCUAGAUCUGGACGAUGUGAUUUAAAUUAUUAUUACAGCUUGGAAUCUUCAUGUUCUCACUUCUACUCACAUAAUUACUCCUAUAACGAUAUGAAAGUAAACAAUGUCAGUACAAUGAACCCGGAGACAGCAACUGAGCAAUUUUUUUUCCAGGACGAUAUCACUAGUCAAGGGGCACAUCAGAUGAUGCCUAACUUUUUAUGUGGAAACAGCCACAACAAUGGUUCAGACACAUAUAGACAAGCACACUCUGGUUCUGAAUGUAAUCAGUAUGGGAGCAGUAGCUCUUCAUCAUGUAUGUUUUCAGGGAGCUCAACUGGUUACCCAUCUAAUAUUUCCAAAAAUAAAGUUCCUCCCGAAGUUCCAAAACGAACUUCGUCAAUAUCAUUUCGUUCUUUGCGGGAACAACAUCAAAACAUAGCAGCCGGUGCACUGAACAAAAUGUCAGAUAGCGGUAGCCUAUCAAGUGUUCAAUCUUCGGGUAGCGAUGGUAGUCUUUCUAGUCAGUCACACAAUUUAAAUCAAACAAAUUCUUCAGUUGACUCUUCCAUGUUGUCAAAUUCUAUAGUGUCUUGGAAUACAAAAUCACAGAUUUCUGAUGUGAUCAGGAAACGUCAAUAUCGUAUUGGUCUCAAUCUCUUUAAUAAGAAACCUUCAAAAGGUAUUAUUUACCUUGUGCGCAAAGGAUUCUUGGAUAAUGCCCCCCACGCAGUUGCAAGAUUUUUAAUAUCUCGCAAAGGCUUAAGCAAACAAAUGAUUGGUGAAUAUCUAGGAGAUUUACAAAAUUCAUUUAAUGCGGCUGCCUUGGAGUAUUUUGCUCAAGAAAUAGAUCUCUCUGGUAUGCAGGUUGAUGUUGCACUACGCAAGUUUCAAACUUACUUCCGUAUGCCUGGCGAAGCACAAAAAAUUGAAAGAAUCAUUGAAGUUUUUAGCCAUAGAUAUUGCCACUGCAACAGAGAUGUUGUAGCAAGAUUGAGAAACUUGGACACAGUAUUUAUAUUGGCAUUUGCAAUUAUCAUGCUCAAUACUGAUUUGCAUACACCUAAUCUAAAACCGGAACGUCGAAUGAAAAUGAACGAUUUUAUCAAAAAUCUACGAGGUAUUGAUGAUUGUUGUGAUAUUGAUAGAGAUAUGUUAGUUGGAAUUUAUGAGCGAAUUAAAGCAAAUGAAUUCAAACCUGGAUCAGAUCAUGUUACUCAAGUUAUGAAGGUGCAGUCUACAAUAGUAGGCAAAAAGCCAAAUUUAGCAUUGCCACAUCGCCGGUUAGUGUGCUAUUGCAGACUAUAUGAAGUAGCUGAUAUUUAUAAAAAAGAACGACCUGGUGUUCAUCAACGAGAGGUAUUCCUCUUUAACGAUCUUCUAGUCAUUACCAAAAUACUUUCCAAAAAGAAAAAUUCAGUAACUUAUACUUUUCGUCAGAGUUAUCCAUUAAAUGGUCUAACUGUUUCUUUAUUUCAAAUGCCAUAUUAUCAGUUUGGUAUCAAGCUUACACAGCGUUUAGAUAGCCGUCUAUUGAUAACAUUCAAUGCACGAAAUGAUCAUGAUCGUUGUAAAUUUGUAGAAGACAUUCGAGAAUCAAUAUGUGAGAUGGAUGAAAUGGAAAAUUUGAGAAUUGAGUCUGAACUUGAGCGUCACAGACAUGGUCAUAAUAACCGAUCAGUUAAUAGCAAUUCGGAAAAUCGAGAUAGUGGAGUUGCAGAUAUUGAUCUGGGACCAUUACCCUCUCCACCAGUGCGCAGUCCCAAACAACACCCUGAUGAUUCAUUUGAGAACAACCCGUCAUCACAGGCUACACCAAAACGGGCUGCAUUGACUGUUACUUGAUAAUACGAUUAGAUUUAUUUUUAACAUUCUAAGAAAUUUUUUUAUAGAGCACCAAUAUAUUUUUAUUUGUUUGUUUGUUUUUUUUUUUAAUACACCUAUUUUAUUAUAUAAUAUUUGUUCUUUAUUUUUUGGCAAUAAGUCAACAGUAUUAAUAUUCUAUGACAAAUUAAUUAUUAUUACACAACUAUAUGUAUGGUGCAGACUUAGUUAACCGUAUUAUAGUACAAGCAGAGAUUUUCAGAAUGUUCAUUAUGUUAUAUUUUGUAUGUAGACUCGUGCCAGAUUAAGAAUAUGACCAGUAGCAUUUGUGGGCAAGCACAAAAUAACUUCUACCGGUGCUCUGCUGUCGGCAUUAGAAUACAGACCAUUAAUUUAUAUGAUACACUAUGCCUCCAUGCUCAAGUAAUACACG